GAGUCACAUGGGCAACAGAUUCUGUAUAAAAGCCAAGAGGUCCCAGCAGUGAGACACGGCAGUGAUCAAGAAACUGCAAGCAUUCAAGAAGCUCCAAGUCAUCGAUCAACCAUGCUCGCCUUUCUCGUCUGUGCUGCUCUGCUGGUUGCGGCUGAGGUGUCGGCUCAGAGCUGUGGGAUCGCAGCGUAUCCCCAGAUCCGCGUGGUGAACGGUGUGGAGGCUCGCGCCAACUCCUGGCCUUGGCAGGCGCUCGUGCAGAGGUACUCUGGAGGAAGAUGGGUCAACUACUGUGGAGGAACCCUCAUUGAUCGUCAAUGGGUGCUCACCUCUGCGAGCUGCUUCACGAAUGGCUACAGCUACAGGGUGGUGUUGGGAAAGCACAGUGUGUCCACAACCGAGCCGGGGGAGAUCACCCCUCCAUUGAGCCUGGCCGUCUGGCAUACCUACUGGAAUCCCAGCAUCCCAGCAAAUGGGUACGACAUCGCCAUGUUCAAGAUUGCAUCGCCCGUGACUCUCACAAGCAAGGUGCGCCUCGCCUGCCUCCCCACCGCCAACCAGAUCCUGCCCAACAACUACCCGUGCUACGUCACGGGAUGGGGUUCUCUCGACACCAGCGGCUCCUUCCCCAGCGCGCUGCAGCAGGCCAGCCUGCCCGUGGUGGACUACGCGACGUGCAGCCAGCCCAGCUGGUGGGGGAGCAGCCUGAGGAGCAGCGUCAUCUGUGCAGGGGGCAGCACCCGCUCUGCGUGCUCUGGUGAUGGAGGUGGCCCACUGAACUGCCAGCAGUCAGACAAUGCCUGGGUGGUGCAGGGAAUCACCAGCUACGUCUCAUCUCUGGGCUGCAACACAAUCCGCAAGCCCACCGUGUUCACCCGUGUGUCAGCCUACAACAGCUGGAUCAGCAACGUCAUGAGCGUGUACCGUGAAGCUCCGAAGAUCGCCGAGGGAGAGCAGAGCGUCAACAGUGGAGUCAAUGCCACAAUUGCCGCAUUCAAGAAGCCGCAGGCUUAAAGCAUCAUGCUCUUUACAUCAAUGCUACCGCUAAUACUAGAAUCACAGUUUCUUGUUACGGGUAUUGCCUUUUUUAAUGUGGGACUGGGCACGUGAGCAUAGGAUGGGUGGUUUGAUGCAGUGAGUUUGUGUGGCCAUGCCAGACAUUACCAGUGUUAAUAACACUAUAACAAUGUGCCAUUUAGAUUAGACGUUAAACAAUGAGCUGUAUAAUUUGACAAGAAAUACAUUUUGUCAUACCAACAUGCAUACUGAUGUUCUGCAUUGUGUUCACGCUCGCGACUCAUGCAUAAUCUGGUUGCAUGUGCAUUAGAAAGAGGAUCCAGAAACAGAGCUCAAUUGUCUGGUGGAGUUAAUAAAAAAAAUUUAGCCUCCACGCCAUAUUCAAAGCAUCAUUUUCCUAUAAAAAUUGACAUACAGUACACUAUUAAUUGUAGACUCGAUUUAUAAUGCUUGAUGUGUCCGAUUUGGUUUAUGAAUUAACAGAACUGUACUGUAGAUUGAUAAUGUUAUUCGUGAAUGUUCGGGUUGGUGUAAAAUAAACAUUUGAAGUACAAAAUAAA